AUGCGGCGUGCAGGCCUGCGGUACCUCCGAGCCUCUGGAAGUCCGCUCCUACGCCGCUUAUUCUCAGAUGGCAAGCAAGGCACUUCACAGCAAGUGUCAAAGGUCGACCAACAAGCCGCAGUCAGAAGCCGGUUCGAUCGGUUUAUUGAACGAACUCCUCGUAUCCUCCGGCCUACAGUGGCCGGCCUGCGACAAGCGCCGGUCUCCCAUAUUGCUGCUUUCAUCAUCCUACAUGAGUUGACCGCUGUUAUCCCACUUUUCGGCCUUGCGGGGGCUUUUCACUAUUGGCAUUGGCUACCACCAUACUUCGCCGAGGGAGUUUGGGUGUCGGCUGGUGUCGAAAAGUUUGGUCGAUAUUUCCGCAAGAAGGGAUGGAUCAGUGAGAGAGACGAGAGAGAGGUUGAAGCGAAAGCAAAAGAAGCCAAGGCAGGAAAUGUCGAGAACACGAUGAUCACAAAAUGGUUCGUGCGAGGCGAGGGUGCGACCAGGUGGGUGGUGGAGUUCGCAACGGCCUACACUAUUGUAAAGGUGUUGCUCCCUCUCCGUCUACUUGUUAGUGUAUGGGGAGCUCCAUGGUUUGCCAGGUUCGCCGUCCUUCCAGUUGGAAAGGCCACACGAUCCAUAUUCCGGAGGUGGAAGUCAUAA